CGCAUCCGCGACGAGCACAUGGACCAGGACAAGUGGAUCAACAACGCGUACGACGCGAAGGGAGGCAUUACGAAUGACUACGGCGAGCGUGCGAGCAAGGAUUUGAUCGUCACGCGUGGGCAGGGCUUCCGGAAGGAGAAGAAUAAGAAGAAGCGAGGCAGUUAUCGUGGUGGGGAGAUUACGGUGCGUGCU